GAGAUGUAUCAGCCAACCAGGAGAGGCUGGCGAUUCGUGCAAGUCAUUCACUAUCUCUAUCCCCUUAUGGCUGUAAGAAAUAUCUCCUAUCUCUGUGGAAAGUGGUGCUGUGAAUUGCACUCAGGCGGUAAAUUGUACGUAGGCGAAUUUUCUUGUAACAAGAAGAAUUCAUAGACAGCUGAAGGAUCGAUGGCCAUGCUUUGAGAUAGGAUUACCACGGGGGCUCUCUCCUUCUUGUUUAAGUGCCACGUAUUCACUGUAAUCCUUCUGUUGAUGUUUCCGCUCUUCGGCAACUGUCAGCACAGUUCACCGUGAAGCCGAUCCAGGACGCAACAUGCAUCAUGCCACCGUAUCAGGCCGCUCGGUGAGGGCAACAACGUGCCUCUUUCUUUUGGUAGCGGCAAUCUACUCCUGAGUUUCUGUCGGCACGUCCCACGACGACAACGCAGAUGUAUCCAUUUUGCGGGGUCAAGACAGACAAGAAGGGUGUCGAGUCAUACACCGGCUUGUGUGGUUACUCUUUCGGGCUGCUGCAACAGUCGCUGAAAUUCAAUUACACGACACAUCGAACGCCGGAGUUCGUGUGGGGAGGCCGCGGAGCCGAUGGAAAGUGGGCUGGUCAGCUCGGCAUGGUCGCUAGAAAUGAAGCUGAUAUCGCCGUCGGCCCGAUAACCCCUACAGAAGACAGGUGCACCGCGGCUAUUCCGUUGCCUUAUUACUUCCAUACGCAAGCUACUCAUGCCGCAGGAAGAUUGGAGACAUACGUCACCGAUGUGUCUGGCCACAUAGGAGGGUUUGAUGCCCAAAUAUGGGUGUUACUCGCUGGUAUCAGUCUGUUUCUGGCCGUACUGCUGGCUUUGCAAGGAAAACCCCGCAGCGCUCGGACAUUCUGGAAACGAUGCUACGACGUCAUCUUCGAGCUGUUGGGCAACAUCGUAUUAGAAGCAUCUGCGAGGCAGCACAGGUCCCAUCCCUCCCGCAUGAUCAUUGCCUUCUGGUGGAUGUCGCUGGUGGUUAUGAUGAACACAUUUACCGGUCACAUGAAGGCCAGCAUGGCUGUUCAAAAGGAGCUGCCUAGAGUGGACAGCAUCCAAGAUAUCCUCGAUCGACCAAAGCUGAUUCCAGUAAUCAUUCGAGGAAGCACGUUCGAAGAAGUCUUUACGAGAUCACCACGUAAGGAUGACCAGCUCUUGUGGCAGAGAGUGAAGCGCAUGAAAAGUAUUCUGCCCUCAGUGGAAGUGUUCUCAAAAGACAUAUUUGACGACGUGCUAGCUGGAAGAAAGGUGGUCUUCCUCGAUACUCUCCUCUUCGUGUACUGGGUGGGAAAAUUCUACAGCAGCCAACUGCCUCGUGGAGAAUUCUAUCUGGCAAAGUACCCUGUGUUGACACCGAUCAUGAGCAUGUGGGCAAACAAGAAUCUGGAUAGAGACGUGAUCAAAGCUUUACACGAAAGGUCACGAUGGAUAACAGAAUCCGGGAUGGCCGACCACUGGAAACUGUCCCUGAUGGACCGAAGUUGGCGUGCCGUUAAAACUAGCGGUGGCUCAGAGUACGCAGCUUUGAAAACUGCCGAUGUCAUGGCUUUGCUCUUCAUCUGGCUGGCCGGUGUCACGUUGGCUUCAGUCGUCUUCGUUGUGGAAAUUUGCCUACAACUCAGAUUUCGGAAAUCUGCGUCCUUUCAGCAUCGUCGUACAUUUCGUACCGUUAGCGAUGCAACGAUAACACGUUCGGCAGUUGCCACCACGGCAGCUGUCGAGUGUGUUAUCGUCGCAUCUCCAUAUCUCCAUUAAUCGAGGCCACGCAACAAAAUACUGCAACCAUUUGUCGUAGGCUAUACAGAUAACGAGAUUAAUGACAAAUUAGUGUAUAUAUCAGUGUGUACACUCGCCUGUAAAUAGAAAGAGACAACCAGGGUUGUGCUGGAGUAAAACAGACUCAGAACGCAUCUAAUGCCAUUAGGAACCCGAAUGGUAUUAUCCACGAACGUCGUGCCCCACAUCAUGCAGUUUGUAAUGACAUUAAACGCCAUAAUGUCGAUGCCGCCCUUUGGCUCCGCCAUGCGUUCUUUUGAUUUUGUCAGUGAAAAUUUCAAACAACUCCAGCUUUUCUUUCAUCGAAGAAUACUCGUGUGACCUGAAACUAUGAAAUAAUCUUUUCCCGAACUGACAAACGGUACAAAGUGAUUGUUACUCUGCGCGGACAAUGGGAGCGAGAGUAGGCAUUUCAUCGCCAAAUGAGUUGUGGCGAUCCCAUUUAUCAGAAACUGCAAUUCGGACAAAUGUACUUAAAAAUCUCCGUGUGGCUCCGCACGAAUGACAUUAAAACUGAAGCCAUUAAGCACUUAAUGUCCCUUUUUGUGCCGCUGCGUCCCGUUUGAAGCUUCACGGGGAAAGUCGAAAUGAUUCGACGUAGGUUACUUGUAUACUUGGCCAAGAUCAGAAACUAUUCAGCCGUUCUCCAUUCUUUUUUUUUUUCUUUUUGUCACGACUCUCGCGGAGCACCUAUCGUUCGAGACAAAAACGUAGAUAUAUCUUCACACCAAGUGUCCGGUGGUGUGUAUUACGCAUAGGGCUGGAGGGGUUAAAUAUCUCGAUAUUUUUCAUAACCACUCAACGAAAAUUGCGAGCAAAAACACGUACUCCGAUCCCGUUGGAUAACAGUUAUCACGUGAGAGAAUCAUUCGGCCAGGGUAAGCAUCCGUGAAUUGGUGUCGUGACUUUGCUCUGAAUCUGGUAAGCCGUGGCCGGUUGCUGUGUUGCCACCGUCGUUGGUGUUGAAAAUUGUUUGGUACAUAUGCGUCGUGCUAGGUGGACGUUAGGUUUUCACUCGGUCAAGAGUUUUUCUCGUUCGUAUUUAUUUUCCCCGCUUCGAUUUCAAGUAAACAUAAUAAAGGAAUAAAGUAAUCACACAACAACACAACUGGGUGACAAAGACACUUUACAUUGCGGUGUCUGAUGCGUUGUGAAGUACAUCAUGAAGCACUGCGCAGACGUGAAAAGUUAGUAGUAUAAAUGCAGGUAACCGAGUAUUCUGAAAUAAUAAAAUCUACGGCUCGCGUUCUGUCACAGUUGCCGCCGCCAUUGGACGCCUUUGAGAAGCGGUGCACGUGCUUUCUGCGAGCAUCGCUUCACGAGCAUGAACACGCAAUAGGCAAUUAUCUGAAAGGCAAUAUAAAUACAUCGUUAGCUUCAUCCCUUUAUAAUCCCGGUCCGAGAGAUAUUGGUAUGUAAAGGAAGUGAGCUCUCAAAGAGCAAAUAAAGCGAUUAUCACCGCAAAGUGGUUAUUGACCUUGGCGGGCUUUCCUUGUACAAGUUAUAGCCCCAAUAGGGUUGCCGUUAUCUAUCGAGCCCUUAGGUAGUUAUAGUAAACCGUUGGUAGGGUUAUCGUGUCUCUCGUAACCAACCGCAGUCGUGUGUGACUCAGAAUCUUAUCCACUGAUUGGUUCGGGUUGAUAUGGUUCGACACAGCAACGUUAUCAAUGGUUUGCUAAGACACUAUACUAUCUGCUACCAGGGGCGGAUGCCAUGACCUGCAGUUAUCACGCAGUACUAGUAAUGCUUGAGACUUUGUAAUGCUUGGUAUCAUUAAACGACUUCCACAAUGCA